AUGUUCGUUGUAGAAAUUAACACGAAUGAAGAGGGUCUUUACUUUUGCCCAAACUGUUAUAAAACCUACAAAUACAAAACGUCGGUGUACACCCAUCUAAGGAACGACUGUGGUAAAGCACCCAGAUAUGCUUGCAAGCCCUGCAACUUUACAUGCAAAUUUCAUCACGUGUUAUCAAGACAUUUUAAAACGGCCAACCACAAGAAGAAGCAGAAUGCUUAUAGUUUUUCGGCUUUAAACGAUAAACAACCAGUUAUUAAAAUCGAAAUUAAGGACGAACCAGUCGAACCCAAUCCAAUUUUGAAACAUCUAUUAGAAAAUAGGAAACCACCGGCACAACCUGCAUCUGUAACAACACAAACUGCACCGAGUACUGGCUGUUCCAAAUGCGAUGCUGAGAUAGCCUGUACACUAAAAUGCCCUUUUAAGGGCUGCACCUAUAUUGGCAAGAAACCAUCUUAUUUGAAACUCCAUAUCAGAUCUGUUAGAAGGCCAAAAGGUAAAGGAAAUGAGAGGUGCAUAUGUGGCAAAACUUACUAUGAAAGGAAGAACCUACAACGUCACCAAAAGCUGCGAUGUGCUUUACUGGGGCUUAAUCCUUAUACCGAUUUGGUUGAACUUGAGGACGCGUCGUCCAAUUUUGACUACCUCGACCUGCAUUACAUAGAACUUCCGAUUUUGAGAAGACCAAAGGGUCACGGCAACCAUCGUUGUCCUUGUGGUUUGGAAAAACUAUACGGAUGCGAUCGUUGUGGAAGAAGCUACAAAUACCUUAAAUCUCUAAAGGUUCAUGAAAGGGUUAAAUGUGGCAAAGAACGUAAUCAGUUUUGUCCGGUAUGUGGUGCGGCAUUUUGGCAUAAACAAGCGGUACAAAAACAUUUGCUUCAUAAGGUUUGUCUAAAGAAACAAGUGCUAUAA